UUUUUUGUCAACCUGUGGAAAUAUCAACAACGGCGCAAUUAAAUAAAUACAACACAAAAUUCGCAAAUAAUUACUAUAAACGUUGGAAAAAUAUAUAAUAAACAAAUACUGGAACCAAUUUAUUAAAAAAGAAACAAUUUCUUUGGAAUCUAAAGCCGUCAACACCAACUCUAAUUUAGGUCUGACGUCAUAUACCAAUUAAAAAUAAUGAAGACGGUCGUCUCUACUGCCAAUUCCACACCAACUGCAGCUGCAGCAAGUGCUAUAGUCGUGCCGAAAACGGAACCAGUGAAUACAGAUGAGAGUUUAGAAUUUACCUCACCUAGUACUACGCUCACUGCGGGUGUGAAACGACCAGGAUUCUUGGAUUUAAAGCAACCGGCGAAAAAUAAACGAACGAUGGCCCCAUUGCUCAUCGAUUCUCCAGAUUUGCAAGGAAAAACCGUUAAUACCCCCGAUUUGGAGAAGAUUUUGUUGGCCAGUAAUUUAAUGCAGACACCACAACCUGGUACACUAUUUCCCACUAAGGUGGGUCAAGUAACAUCAGAGCAGGAGGCUUUUGGAAAGGGAUUCGAGGAAGCGUUGCAAAAUUUGCAUUCAAAUUCACAAGCUUUUCCCCCUGUGAGCAAUACUGGAGCAGCAGCAGCAGCAGUGACAUCUACAGUGAUGACAGCCUCAGUAAACAAUGGCAUAAGCGGUGGCUCUUUCACCUAUGAGGGUGGUUUCCCAGUUAUCAAGGAUGAGCCCCAGAACACAGCUGCCUCGCCUACAGUCAGUCCCAUUGACAUGGAAACCCAGGAGAAGAUUAAACUGGAGCGUAAGCGGCAACGGAAUCGCGUGGCAGCUUCUAAGUGCCGUAAGCGUAAGCUGGAACGCAUCUCCAAGCUGGAAGAUAGGGUCAAAAUGCUUAAAGGGGAAAAUACAGACUUAGCUGGUAUUGUAAAGAAUCUCAAGGAUCAUGUGGCCCAGUUAAAGAAACAAGUGAUGGAGCAUAUGGAAGCUGGCUGCGUUGUUCAGGCAAUUCCCAACUCCAUGUUGUUGGCGGGAAAAUAACAAAUAGAGAAUCUGGAGGACGAGGAGUCGGAGGUAGAGCAAGAGCCGUUUGCCAAAUUAGGGAGAGCGGAGAAGGCGGAGAUGGUGGGGCGGCAUGAGCAGGAUGAACUUCCAUUGGACCUAUUACUAAACGCAGCAACAUCGAGUUUUGAAUUGGAAACCCAAGAAGAUUCGAAUGGGGAGCCUAUGGUUUUACUUAUCUUAACCGAGUGAUCUGAUUAGAAAAGCCGAGAAGAGAUAAAGAGAGAGAGAGAAUACCUCAACAGUGCCUUCUCUGAAAAGUGCAAUGGGUUUAUAUUUAACUUAAAUUGAAAAUUUUAUGCUUUUGAAAAGUUCUUAUUUUUAUGUUUUAUUUAGUUUUAAUUCAAGUAUUAUAAAUGUUUAUUUGUAAGACAAAAAGAAUAUUAAAUGUAUAAUAUGUGGUUAAAAUCAUAAAUAAAUUUAACUUAAUAU